AUGGUACUUACUCCCGUCUUUCAACGUCCACCCGACUUGCAAUCUAGCUCUUUGCAAUUGCUAUUCACCCGGCCACUGACGGCUCGUUCCACCAAUAGCCACCACGAAAAAAAUACGCCUUCGUUUGGACUUGCUGUUAUUGCGGCCAAGGCGGCAUGA